AUGGCAUUUACUCCAUUAAGCGAAGAUACGGGCAAACCAAGCCCUGACAGUCAGGCCGAUGUGUUACAUAACGCAUCUCCAGCAUGGCUCGGAAAGAUACACCCUUAUUUCAAGGACCCAGAGCAUGUCGUAGUUUUCAAACUUGACGUCCUCCUGUUGACUUGGGCCUUCGUCGCUGGUUUGAUGAAAGAUAUGGACCAGUCAGCAACAACGCAAGCUUAUGUCUCAGGCAUGAAAGAAUCGCUCUCGCUCUAUGGAAACGAGUUAGUCGAGUUCACCACUUAUUUCUCCAUUGGCUAUGCGCUCUUUAUCGUUCCAGCUCAGAUGAUACAGACCCGAGUUCGCCCCUCAAUCUUUCUACCAAUCUGCGAAAUCAUUUGGGGUGCACUCACUUUAGCGACAUAUAAGGCGCCCAAUGCAAAAGCCAUUUUUGGGUUGAGGUUCUUCUUGGGUGUUUUUGAGUCAACGUCUUGGCCCGGCCUCGUCAGUCUAAUCUUCAACUGGUAUACACCAAAAGAGCUUGGCAAACGACUAGCCAUAUUUGGUGUCAGCGGUGUGGCUGGCAAUAUGUUUCUAGGGAUUCUACAGGCUGCGCUCUAUAAAAAUCUUAAUGGAGUAAAUGGUCUUGAGGGCUGGCAAUGGUUAUUCAUCGUCUCUGGCGUUAUGACGAUGGUGUGGGGAGUUAUAGGAUUUAUGGUCAUCCCCGACUCUCCUAAGAUCACUCGAGCUCUCUACUUGAACUCUUCCGAGCGAAAUUUAGCAUGUACAAGACUCUCUAAACAGGGAGUGACGACUUCAGAGCUAAUCCCAUUCGAUCUUCUCGUUCGAAAGCUCCGCUCAUUACUGAAAAGCCCCCUUACGUACCUGUUCAUCGCAGCCUACCUUCAAUUCGCCUGGUCGCAACGCGCCAACUCGUACUUCCUACUAUAUCUCAAAGGUGUCACGGACGCGACUGGGAAACCAUUAUAUUCGACCUACACGGUGAACCUCAUCCCUCUCGGUGGCUAUGCUAUCUCAAUCGUCUGCAACAUCGCGCUAAAUGCACUUAGUGAUUGGAAAGGCUGGCGGUGGCAAGUCUCAUGCGGUGCCGCAGCUUUACAGCUAGUAGCAACCUCUGUUCUAGCCGGAUGGCCUAAUUCGCAUGCUACAAUCAUGACCUUCUACUUCCUCACUUUUGCUACGGCUGCUUGGGGUUACGCACUCAUCGCGUGGCUUGCGGAGAUACUACGAAAGGAACCUGAGGCGCGGUCGAUCAUCGUAGCCAUUGCCAUUACGUUGGUCUACGUUGGGCACGCCACAAUCCCGCUUCGCGCAUGGCGAGUGUCUGACUCCCCUACAUAUCCAAUUGGGUUUCCACUAGCUGCAGCAUUUUGCGUAGGGAGUAUAGUAUUUAUGCUAGGGAUGCGAUUUUAUGUUCAUAAAUAUCCAAACCUAUUAGAAUGGGGGCUAGACUGGAGAGAAAGGCAAGAUGGCGCUGUUGAGGAGGCAUCCGAUUCCGACCAUGCGAAUGCGAAGCAAGUUACGAGACAAACAACAAGAGAGAUUUAA